ACUCUCCAAACGGCUUGAAACGCGCGGUAUCAGAGCUGCGCGCUGCGCCAAAGCAAGUGUGGCUUCCCUUGUGCUCCAUAGACGUGUCCUUGAAUAAGCCUAAUGUCAAGUCAGAAAAUGGAACUUUAAAGGCCUAUAUCUUCAUAAAUGACCUGUAUUCGUAAUGAUGAACUCGAAUGAUUCUUCGAACUUUCAAGAGGUAGUAACUCCUCCCUGGCGGCUCGUAUCUCAGAACGAGCCUCGAUCUGACUCUUUACUAUCGCGGGAAGCUCUCUUACCAGACCCAACCCAUGUAUCUCCUUUCCUUUAUCCAACUUCGCCUCCGUCACGGCGCAGAAAACCAAGACACGAUUCGGAAUGUACUAUGGAAGUUCGAUCGUCUUCUGCUCCAGCGCGAGCUAUUUUCGGUCCCUUAACCAUGGGAUGGAGCUUUCAGAUGCAGUUACAGGAUUUGGAUAAACAGUCUGACAGAGACUAUCAUGACCCUCGGAGCCCUAGUGGAAAACUCGGUUCAAAAAAACCGCCAGCUAGAUCUGCUCGUACAUCUAGCGCGAGGACAUUAUCACGCACUCUUUCACACUCUCCCACUUAUCCUUCGCAGAUAGUACGCAGAUCGAUAUCAUGUCCGCAGUGUCAGUCAGACAAGAGGCGUCAGGUUGACGACACUUGCAUGUACACCCAGCCUGCUGCGCUGGCUCACACGACUUUAGUCGAAUCGCAGAUUUUGAAUUCGUCAAAAUCAAACGGUCGUUCACCACAGGACUUCCCUUCUGCCAAUCGAAAUCGGGAGACUCCGAGUCGGAGAACUACCUCUGAUUCAGUGACGCCCUCUCACCUAUCCUCGUCCUCAAGUUCGUCAUCCAAAUUAUCCAUCCCUAACAUGUUGAAUCCCGGUUCCGCAUAGCAUGUAGUCUCAGACUACGGCACUAACUAGAAUUUCCACUCCCAGCAAUAUACUUUGAAUCUUCAUGCAUCUGAUAGGAUUAUAGGAGUGUUCAUCAAUAUGAUGAUCAUGUCGUAUACUCGACGAGAAGAGAGUUCAAGGACAGAUAUCUUGCUUCAUGCAGUAUGUGCACACAUUCAAUGAUCACCACCACCAUGAACUCGCGUUGGCUUCUACUCGACAUCUAUGCUUCUCGUCUGCUCAGACAAUAACUGAUACCAGCUUGUACUCCUUACAAACUCCAUUCUGGAAGUGGUUUGUGGUUGAUCAUUGCGUUGUCGCAUUCUAAA